AUGGAUCCUGAUGCUAGUGCCAUGCUUGCGCAUGUUGUGACUUUGCGUGGUGACAUUCCACGACUUUUGCAACAUUUGCCUCAGGCUGUUUUCGAGACUUUUAAUCGGCAUCCAAGAAUGAGAGCAUCGAUUUUACCAGGAAGCGUUCCUCAGAAAGCCAUGAUUUGUUCUGCCCUCACAAGUGUCUCGGAUCUAGCUAGUCUUCUUACUAUUCAUGACUGCACUGUGGAUAAAGAGGAGCACACAGAGCAAGAAAAUUCAAAGAAUCACGCGGUUACUUUCACUUUGCCACAAUCUAAAUGGAUGGAAUUUGUUCGUGACGAAUGCGAAAAGCCACUGAAUCGUGAAAAAUGUUUUCCUUUUUAUCUUGUUGCUCACGUUGACAUGUCUACGAAUGCGUUCGCACGCUUGUGUCUCUUUUCUGACCAUUAUAUGUCGGACACGACUUCAGGAUUCAUCAUUCUCCGUGACAUUCUUCAGAUGAUCACCACGUCGACAAAACUUCCUAAAGAGCUGCCUCUGCGGAAGUCACUGUAUGAAAAAACGCACUUUGUGAACGCGUGGAUGAAUGUGAUUCACGAAGCUGUUUCCAAGUACGUUAUACAACCGCUAAUGAGCUUUGACACAAGUGCUUUCGCGCCUCUCUUGGCUCUUCAGACAGGAUCACAACUUGAUUUUGCUGGCUUACCACCGUCUCCUCCUAAUCCCAGUUUUGCCUUGUUUGCCCGAGGAUCGGAAGCAAAUAUGUUGAGUGCUGUGAGACGUUGCAAGGAGCACAAUGUAAGUUUGCAAGGCGCAAUUAUCGCCGCGACCUUGAUGGCUUUUGGUUUGGUUAAAUACAAUGGCAAACUUGGCGACUGCUCCAAGUCCCUGCAUCUUCGCAUGGAUGUUAUGAACGACAUGCGACAACAAAUGACUUCAGAUUCAGUGAAGCCUGGACUUUUUGAUUCUAUUUCGGCUCAAACUACUGGUGAGGUGCCUAUUGGGUUGUACUCGACUCCAGCUCAUCUCAUAUUUACAAGCAGUGAAGGUAUCGAUGUACAUGGAAUGUCCUUCUGGGAUGUUGCUCUCAAAGCAGACCAUGAAUGGGAGUGUGCGGUGGUAGGACACGAGCUUAAAAUGCAGUCAAUUUAUGUGAAUGAAGUGCUGAAUGCUGAGAGCAGAACGACUUCAGAGCUUUUUGUGGCCAAUUGUGCCCUCAGCGAUGUCACUUUGGAAUUUUUGGACUGCUCAGACGCUAAUUCCUGGCCCUUUAACGAUGACAAGAGUCUGCAAGUCGAAAAUAUGCACGUGUACAGCUCACGGCCGUCGUUAAGUUCGACUAGCAACUUGUCUAUCACUGCGCUCUCUCACUUUAAUUACGCUCUAAUGUUUAAAUUAGAACCUAACGUUGCACAUCAGCUUUUUAAAUGGAUAGUAUGGUGUACGGAGCGCAUUGGACAGUAUCGUGAGAAGGAUACUUUGGCACAGUCUGCAGAUUGGCUAGCAAGUGAAGUUGAACUGGCCAUACUCGAUGACCCUUCUCGGUUAACCUGA